UUUUUCUCUUGUUUGUCUAACUAUUGGAUGAGUGCACCAGAAGAAGACUUUUCGUCUUUAUCGAUAGCAGAUAAACUUCAACACAAGUCUUGGAAAGCGCGUUUACAAGCUUGCGAAGAAUUAACCAAGUUACUUCAUGCAACAACAGAAGAUGCUGAUUUUGAUACCUAUGAACCUUUUCUUAAAAAAUUAGCUGUGGAACCAAAUGCAGUGGCUCAAGAAGCAGGCCUGUCUGCUAUAUUAGAAUAUGUUGCCAAUGCGCCUCAUGCAUCAAGUACACGUGAGACAGUGAUACCUGCCCUUGUUGAAAAAUGUCUAGGAGCAACCAAGGCAGGCACUAAACAAAAAGCAACCGACAUCAUUUUAUUGUAUGCAGAAAUAGACACACCUGAUCCUGUGCUGGAAUUCGUUGUGCCUGGUCUUCAAGCAAAGCAACCUAAAUUAGUCACGCAAACAGUGGUUGUGAUCAAAGAACUUGUCAGACAGUUUGGUGCUAAAAAAGUCAGUCCUAAACCUAUUCUCAAGUUACUUCCCAAAUUGUUUGGACAUACGGAUAAGAACGUACGAGCAGAAGCAUCUGCACUGACGAUAGAACUCUAUCGAUGGAUUGGACAGCCUAUGAUGGCCAGUUUAUCUGAUUUGAAACCAGUACAGUUGAAAGAAUUAGAAGAGGCAUUCAGUAAAUUACCAGCAGAGAAGCCUAAGCCAGAACGACUGAUUCGAUCUGAACAAGUGCAAGAUGAACCUGAACAAGAAGAACAAGCAGAAGAUCAAACCAUGGAAGAGAAUGAAGAGAUGGAUGUAGAUGAAGGUGAUGCAUUUGAUUUUGCUGAUCCUGUCGAUAUUACAGCCAAAUUGCCCAGUCAGUUUAAUGAAUUGAUUGUGUCAAAGAAAUGGCAAGAGAGAAGAGAAGCUUUAGACGCUUUAUUGGAACAAGCCAAAACACCCAAGAUUCUAGAUAAAGACUAUAGCGAGCUCAUAGGCCAUCUUGUCAAACGUAUCAACGAUUCCAAUAUCCUGCUGGUGGGCGCUACUGCGUCUUGUGUAGAAGCCAUUGCCACCGGUCUAAGAACAGAUUUCGGCAAAUACAAACCUUUGAUUGCACCUGUCAUGAUUGAGAAACUCAAAGAAAGGAAACCAGCCAUUCUAGAACAAUUAGCCAACGGUCUUAAUGCAGUAUUUGCCUCUGUGCCUAUGUCAGAACUGGUGGAAGACAUCACUGUCGCCUCCAAGCACAAAAACCCUCAAGUCAGAUCAGAAUCAUUCAAGUUGUUAUCGAGACGAUUAAAAGAAGUACGUGAAAUACCGGGUAAAGCAGAGAUCAAAGCAUUUGCAGACAUGUUCAAGAAACUACUGGACGACGCUGAUGCCAAUGCCCGUGAAGCAGGUGCGGAAGGGUUAGGUACUUUGAUGAAACUGAUUGGUGAGAAGCCCAUGUUGGCAUUCACAGAUGGAUUGGAUGAUAUCAAGAUGGGCAAGAUCAAGGAAGCAUGUGAAAAGGCAACUGUCAAGGCAAAAGCACCUAAAAAAACACCUCCUGUAGUCAAGAAACCACCAGCACCAGCACCACCUGUUGUCAAAAAAGCAGCGCCCAAACCAAAGCCUAAAGCAGAACCACCUAAAGCAGAUCCUAUGGUUGUUGAUGAACCAGCCAUGUCACCUCCUAAACGUAAACCCCCAGCUCGUUUAGCAGCUGGCAGUGCUAAGAAACCAGCCCUAUCUUCUUCUAAACCGAAAGCCGCAGCACCUUCUUCAGCUCCUAAAAAGAGUGCCAAAUUACCUCCUUCCAGUGGUCCUGAAGAAAUCAAAUACAGAUUCUCUCAAGAAGACGCUGAAGCCCGCGCCACUGAAUUUAUUCCUGAAUCUAUCCAUACAGACCUCCAACAAGCCCAAUGGAAAGUACGUCUGGCAGCUAUGGAAUCACUCUGUAAACACCUUCAGACAGAAGACGACACAGAGCCUGAAAUCGUAAUUCGUGCAUUAUCCAAAAAACCUGGUUGGAAAGAAAUGAAUUUCCAAGUGAUGACACAAGUCUUUGGGGCCAUUCAAAUCUUGACAGAAUCUCCCAAAUUUAAUAAAGCAUGUGGGUCUCUUGUGAUUCCUGUGAUGGUAGAGAAAUUAGGCGACAUUAAACUCAAAAAACCAGCGAGUGAAUGUUUAGUGGCCGUGGCUGAAACAAUCUCGCUCCAAUUUGUGUUUUCGCAAGCGUAUCCUGUGCUCAAGAAAGCCAAGUCGCCCAAAGUGUUGGCAGAUGCUAUGUUAUGGAUGCAUGCUUCUCUGUUGGAUUUUGGAAUUGCAGGGCUUCAAGUGCGAGAUUUGAUUGAUCUACUCAAGUUUGGGCUAGGCAACACCAAUGCGUCUGUCAGAACAAGUGCAGUGACUGUCUUGGGUGUCUUGAGACAAUACAUUGGUCCAGAAAUCAAAUCGUUUGUGGAGGAUGUGAGUCCUGCCUUAUUGGCUACGAUUGAACAAGAGUUUGAUAAAGUGUCUAAAUUAGACCCCCCUCAACCGACAAAGGCACCCAAGGGAUCGAGUGGUUCAAGUGCUCAAGCAGAAGAGACGAGCAGCGGCGGGGGUGAUGAUACCGACGCAUUAGAUGCCUUAUUCCCUCGUGUCGAUAUCUCUGGUCCCUUAAACAAGACCGUGGCAGAGUGCAGUGAUGCCAACUGGAAAAUACGUAAGGAAGGUCUAGAGAAAGUCCAAAGUAUCCUGGCAGGCGCCAACAACCGUAUUAAACCUUCCUUGGGUGGUGAUUUCCCUGGUGUGCUUAAACAACGCUUAGCCGAUAGUAACAAAAUCCUUCAGAUGACAGCGAUUGAAAUCACAGGUGGACUGGCCUUGGCCAUGGGUAAACCCUUUGAGAAAUACGCGAAAUUGUUUACAGGUCCCUUGAUCUCGACCUUGUCCGACAAUAAGGCCAAUGUACGUACAGCGGGUGUUACAGCGCUUGAGAAUAUCCGCAAGACAUGCUCUAUGGAACCCAUGGCCUCUGUGUUUGGUACGAGUUUGGCCAACGAAGCUCCCUUGUUACGUAAAGAGUUCCUGACUUGGUUUGCGACCGCUGUGAAAGAAGAGCCCAAUGUAUCGAAAUAUGAUUUAAGCGGUAUGAUCACGCCCAUGUUCUCGUGCUUACAAGACCGUAAUGCCGAUGUAAGAAAAGCAGCACAGGCUGCCUUGCCUGAUUUUAUUGGGUGUGUGGGAUAUGAUGUCGUGGCUAGCAAGACAAGUGAAUUAAAGGCCGCUCAACGCCAAACAGUGAUGCCAUUCUUGGAAGCUGCCAGAGGUAAUGCACCCACCAAAAAACGUCCCGAGACCAUUGAAGAACCUGCACCUAAACCUACUGCUGCUGCUGUUGCGACACCUAGUCGUACAAAGACAUUAAUGCCUUCAGCACCUCCUCCUGAAGAAGAAGUCUUAUCGCCUCCUAUCCUUACCAGUGAUACACGUGCCAAGACUAUACGUGCUAAAAAAGAAAAUCGAUGGCAAUUUGAUGCGCCUCGCUCAGAUGUGAUUGAGACCUUAAAGUCCUUGUUUGAUACCAACAUGAGUCCCCAUUUGAAUGCUUUAUUGUUCAGUACCAGUCAAUAUGCUGAAAAGGAUCGCUUGAAUGGUCUCAAUAUACUGAAUGAAUGCUUGACUUCGCCUGAUGUUUGUAUGAACAAGUAUCAUAUUGACUUUGCUGAUAUGAAAGCACGUUAUGUGGCCAACGCAGACUUGAUUUUCAAGUACUUGACAAUUCGAUUUUUCGAUACAAACACAAGCAUGUUAAUCAGAUGUCUUGAUAUUGCUCAAAAUUUAGUGACUGUAUUGGACGAAGAAGAGUACAGCUUGACAGAAUACGAAGCAGUUUCCUUUCUACCCUUCUUGAUCAACAAGGUGGGUGAUCCUAAAGAAGUCAUGCGUCAACGCAUUCGUGCUAUUCUCAAGUCAUUAUGUCGUAUUUAUCCUGCCAGUAAAAUGCUGAAUUACUUGCUAGACGCAGCAGGCACUUCUAAAAAUGCCAAGGCCCGUGCUGAAUGUCUUGAAGAAGUGGCUUCUUUGAUCCAAAAGAACGGUAUGUCUGUCAUGUUGCCUAAUAAGGCAUUGCCUGUGAUUGCAACCCAUAUUGGCGAUAAAGACAACAGUGUACGAUCUGCUGCUUUAAACGCAAUUGCACAAGCUUAUAUCUUGGUGGGUGACGCUGUCAUGAAGUACAUGACUCGUUUAGGAGACAAGGAAAAGGGCAUGUUAGAAGAAAGACUUAAGCGUACAAAGCCUUCUGCAAGUGUAUUGGCAGCUGUUGAGAAAGAACAACGAGCUAAACAAGAAGCGGAAGAAAUGGAAGUGGAUGAAUUGCCUUCACUUAGUCAAUUACCUCGUCUUGGUGGAAGAUCGCAGAUCGGCAAGCCUCGCCAUAGUCCUCAACGUCCUGUUGUUCAUCAUAUACAGAGUAUACCCGAACCAGAACCUAUGGAAGAUGUCACAGAUGAUUAUGGACAAAGAAUACCUGAGCCAGAACCACGCCAAUCCCUGAUGCGUCCACCUCAACAACAGUUUGGCUAUUCAAACCAACACCACCAUCAUCACCAACAACAACAACAACCUGUGUAUGAUCAACAAGAAGAAAUUGUGGACUAUUUGAUCGCUCAAAUCACUAGUGGUGAUCCUCAACCCAGUAUUGAAGCACUUAAGAGCCUAGACAAAUUCUUGACACAAAACCCUGAAGCUGUGUUACCUGAUAUUGAACGUUUAAUUAAUGCGAUUACACUUCAAGUCAGAUUAGCUUAUUCUUCUGUGGAUCCUCGUCAGCCUGCUACGACUCGGUUAUGUAAACACUUGGUCAAUGCGCUUGUCUUGUUGUUCUCCAACCGAGAUUUAGCAAGUGCAGUGCCUCAAAGUGCACUUCAUCACUUAUUACAAGAACUCGCUGCUCGUUUACUGGAUCAAAAAAUGCUGGCUCUAGAAUCAGGUCCUCAACUCUCUAAAGCAUUGAAUGUAGCCAUGGUCAAAGUAUUAGAAAACAGUGCGCGUAAUGUAACCUUCAGUGCUUUGUUAGCUAUCUUGGGUCAAUGUUCAGCAGGUUUGCGGCCCGGUGAUUCCCCCAGUGCAAAAGAUACAAAAUACACAGAACUAAUUAUGAAAUGCCUAUGGAAACUAGCCAAGACCAUUCAAGACAAUCUUCGUUCUCAACUGUUGAACCCGGAUGAAUUGCUCUAUGAAAUCAAUCAGUUCUUUAUUGUGACACCACCUGCUGAAUGGAAACGAAGAGCCGCUGAAAAAGUACCUUUGGGUGAAAUGCCAUUAAGGACAGUCAAGACGUUACUGUUGGAACUCGUGAAUGGUUUGGGCGAUACUAUUUUCCAACACUUGACAUUGAUUGAGCAUCCUCAAAGCAGCAGUGUCUAUCCUUACCUUCAUCAUAUGUUAGAAGCAUGUCGCAAAAAAGACAAGAUGCAAAGACAGCCUUCCCCUGCUUAUUCACCUCAGCCACAAACUGCAGAUUACCAUGUACGCAACAGUCGACCUAACUCUGUGUCUUCUUUGAAAUCCAAUACGAUGAUGCGAACCUCUUCUAUUGCUUCACAUCCUUCUUCAGUUGAUGGUGAACAUCAUGAGCUAAGCCCAAGACAAAGUUCGCCUGCUUUAAAUGCACCCAUGCAGCUAGAUGAACCUCAAUCUAAUGAGACUGCACCACAAACCAUGUCUGAUUAUGAUUUAAAUGUCACAUUGACCAGAAUUUUCCAGAAGAUUGGUACGAGAGAUCAAACCAAACAAGGCAUUAUUGAAUUGUAUGAAUUCCAAAAGAGUUAUCCGUUAGCUGAAGCCAAAGUAAACAACUUCUUGAUCCAGACAGGCACUUAUUUCCAAAGCUAUAUUCGACGUGGUCUUAGUAAUCUUGCUGCUGAAGAUAAUGAAUUACAUGCCGCUGCUCAAGCGCAAGCACAAGCACAGGCACAGGCACAACAAGCGCAAGCUCAGGCACAGGCACAGCAAGCGCAAGCUCAGACACAAGUUCAAGUAGCAUCUCAGGUUGUUUCUUCACCUAGUUUUAGUGCAUCUUCUCUAGACCAUUCAAAUACCCGUACUACAACUAAUUUAGAAUCCACAGAAAGAGUUUCUACUGAACUACCAUCAAGAAAUGACAUAAGAAGUAGUCUUCAUGCAGGAGAUGAUACAGCGGAAAUUAAAUUACGAUUGUUAAGGUUACAACAAAAGUUUGGUUACAAGACAGAGAUGGCAGAAGAUUCUGAUAUAAACGGUCGACAUGAAUCCUCGGCUCAUGGCUUUAGUUCUCGUCGUCAGUCUGGCAUAAAUCAAGAUUACCAACAAACACAAGGUGAAUCCGACAGGCAACAAUCUGUGUCUGCGUUAAAAGAAAAGAUUGCUAAAAUGAAGCAAGUUAUUAAUUCUGCUGCUUCUUCCCCUAAUUUGUAAAAUAAUAAAAAUGACGUCAAAUAUAAAGCGACGCACUGAUG